UAGACCACCAAGGCACCAACGUCCACCAUGUACGAUGCAGAUGCAAGUGUAAACUCUAAGAGGAUUGCGCAUCUUCGGGGAAGCAAGAGCUUGGGGAUCUGAUCGGCACAUAAGAACAAGGCCACCGGAAAGCUACAAGCGUCUGGUACCUCUGACAAAUCCGAGAAGACUGCGAAGUCGACGUGUCCCUUCUCCGCUUCGCCUCCUGCAAAGUGCCGCCGGACCGCAUACCCCGCCUCACCUUCACCUCAGCCUGUCACCCGUGGCACAGGAGAAGAUGGUCACCUAGAGACAGUGAGGAAAAUAUGCACCUAGGCCUCCAACCAACAGUGAGGCAUUAGCAACUCUCCGAGAGAAAGUAAUGGCUGAAAUUGUUCUUCUUCUAGUCAUUGAAAAGAUGGUAAUCGCCUUAGCAAAUGGAGCAGCAAAUCAGGCGAGUACUCAUUUUUCCAAGUAUGGGACCCAACUAAUAGAGCUACAGGGCAGCAUGGGCCGCGUUGUUAGGGAGCUUCGUAUAAUUCAUGUUGUUCUAUGUCAAAUGGACAUUCGAAACCGCCACAAUCAAGUGUAUGAGGGCUGGUUGGAUGAGGUGCGGAAGGUAGCACAUGCGAUGGAGGAUAUGGUGGAUGAGUACAUGUAUCAAGUUGGCCGGGAACAUGAUACUGGGUGUUGCUUCUACCUGAAGAAAGGGCUUAGAAAACCAAGAUCUCUGCUUUCCUUGAAUCAGAUAUCUUCCAAAGUGAAGGAAAUAGAGAAAGACCUUGCACACCUGUCAGAGAUGAAAUACCGAUGGGUUCCCAUGAUAAACAAUGAAGAUACUAGCAGCUUGAAUUACAUGGUCAAGAAGUCUCAAGAUCUAGCAAACAUCUCACGUUCCCUUGAUGACGAAGAUCUAGUUGGGGUGGAUGAAAAUAGAGGAAAACUUGAGCAAUGGUUGGGAAGUGACGAUGUGGAACGUUCCCUGAUAACACUGAUAGGAAUGGGUGGGCUGGGCAAAACAGCUUUAGCAUCAAAUGUCUAUAGGAAAGAGAGAGAGAAAUUUCAGUGCCAUGCAUGGGUCUCCAUCUCUCAAACUUAUUCUAGAGAAGAUGUCUUGAGGAAUAUAAUCAAGGAAUUAUUCAAAAAUGAAGUCAGUGGUCCAUCAAACAUUGCAGCGAUGGAUAUCACAAGCCUUGAAGAGACAUUGAAGAGGUAUCUAGGGCAAAUGAAGUAUUUGAUCAUAUUAGAUGAUGUUUGGACUCCAGAUGCAUUUGAAGACCUGUCUAGGUCACUUGUUUGUAAUGGUAAGGGAAGCAGAUUGAUAAUCACAACACGGCAGGGUGAUGUUGCCGCACUUGCUUCUCAAGGACACAUAUUAACACUUGAACCUUUACCAGAAGACAAGGCUUGGGAUCUUUUUUGUAAGAAAUCUUUUCCAAAAGAAACAAACCAUCACUGUCCUGAGGAGUUGAGGCUUUUGUCCGAGGAAAUACUUAGCAAGUGCAAAGGAUUGCCUCUUGCUAUUGUGUCAGUUGGCAGCCUCUUGCAUGUGCGUGAGAAAACCGUUGAAGAAUGGAAAAGAAUAAAUGACCAAUUGAGUUGGGAGAUACUUAAUAACUCAAGGCUCGACCACAUAAGGAAUGUGUUGCAUCUGAGCUAUAUCUACCUUCCAACAUACUUGAAGAGUUGUUUCCUGUACUGCAGCCUAUUUCCAGAAGACUAUCUUUUUCGCAGAAAAACUCUUGUACGGUUAUGGACGGCGGAGGGGUUCAUCGUGGAGAGGGGUGUAAGCACAUUAGAAGAAGUGGCAGAAGGUUAUCUGAAGGAGUUGGUUAACAGGAACAUGCUACAACUUGUUCGCAGGAAUGCAUUUGGUAGGAUGAAAAGAUUCAGAAUGCAUGAUAUCAUACGUGAAUUGGCAGUUGAUUUGUGCCAGAACUAUCGUUUUGGUGUUAAAUCUGAGGAUUAUAUAUGCGGGGGUACUCUUCAUAGGGAUGGACGGAGAUUGGUAGUGCACAAACUAAAGAAGGAUAUUCAUCAUUCAUUUUCUAGCAUACAUGGACUUCGAACUUUCAUUACACUGGACAAAAGCAUGCCGCCAUUAACCCUGCUACCUCUAAUAUCUGAGAAUUCAAGAUAUAUGACAGUGCUAGAAUUAACUGGCCUACCUAUUGAGAAGAUUCCCGAUGCUAUUGGUGAUCUUUUUAAUCUCCGCCAUUUGGGUUUGCGGGAUUCAAAAGUGAGGUAUCUCCCAAAAUCCAUCGAGAAGCUUUUGAAUCUGUUGACACUGGACCUCUGUAGAUCUGACAUACAUGAGUUGCCUAGAGGGAUUGUCAAGUUGAAGAAGCUUAGGCACUUGUUUGCUGAGAAAGAAACUGUGUCAGGACGAGACUUUCGACUUAGCAGUGGUGUAUGCAUCCCCAUUGGGCUUGGGAACCUAACAAACCUGCAGACUCUACAAGCGUUGGAAGUACAAGAUGAAUCCAUUAAGCAACUAGUGGAGCUAAGGCAACUCAGAAGCUUGAAGAUAUGCAAUGUGAAGGGAAUCUACUGUGAACACCUCCACGAGUCUCUGGUGCAGAUGCCAUUUUUGUCCUACCUAUAUGUGGGUGCAAGUGACAAGAAUGAAGUUCUCAUGUUGAACACCCUCCCGACUAGCCUGCAAAAGUUAAGGUUGAACGGAAGAUUGCCGGAAGGGACACUUUCGAGGGGGUCUACUCUCUUUCAAGGUGUGGAGCAGAACAUGUAUUCACUACGCCUGUCUUGGUCGCAGUUGAGAGAAGACCCUUUGCCAUCCCUUUCCCAGUUGGUGAAUUUGACAGUUCUUCACUUCUUUAGAGCAUACAAUGGAGAGAGGCUGACGUUUCUCACGGGAUGGUUUCCCAACCUGAAGCAUCUCUCUCUAAGAGACAUGCCUAACCUGAAGCGACUAGAGAUAAAGCUAGGUGCCAUGGCGACCCUGGAAUCAUUUACGUUAGGCAGCCUAAACAGCAUGGCGGAGGUCCCACCUGGCCUUGAGUUUCUCAUGCCCCUCCAGUAUCUAGGCUUCUUCCAAAUUACUCGCGACUUCCUCAAGUUGUUGUACCAAUGUCCUCAACUUGUUUGUACGCAAUGGCAACACACUCUCCGCGACGACGACGACGAUGAUGACCGGUGAUUCUCCCAUAACUUGCAUGCCGCCAUAGAAAAAGGAAGAUAUAUGCGCCUCGGUUCGAUAUCUGUUCUACUGCUGCUGUACAAGACUGGGCUGCUAUAUUGGUUGCUUGUGAAGUGUGAUAUUCAGAGUUCCUACUGAUUUCGUCUGUGGCGUUGAAAUAACAAGACACGUCCUGCUUGUGUCGCAAGACUGAAUUACUCGAUCACUUUUUACGCGUUAAUGCGUUCAACUAUUGUGUGUAUUCUAUUCAUGUGAGCUUGUAAACUAUGAUCGGUACUGUCUAUUCCGGCCGUGCGUGUUGAAUAACUAAACCAUUUGCGUGAAUUUGUGCGUCCAACUAUUGUGUGUAUUCUAUCCGUGUGGGCUUGUAAACUUUAAUCGAUACUGUAUGUUCCAGUCAUGCCUGUUAAAUAAAUAAACCAUUUGUGUAAGAA